UAAGAAGGAGCUGUGGGACAGGAGCUCAUGCCCAGAACUGAGUUGUGCCCUGCUGAGCUCUCUGCCACGCACUUAACAGGAUGAAGAACCUUUCAUUUCUCCUCCUUUUCCUUUUCUUCCUUGUCCUGGGGCUGCCGGGCCCCAGCAUGUCACUGUGUCCCAUGGAUGAAGCCGUCAGCAAGAAGAUCAAUCAAGACUUCAGCUCCCUACUGCCAGCUGCAAUAAAGAACAUUGUCCUCCAUUGCUGGUCAGUCUCCUCCAGAGGGAGGCUGGCCUCCUGCCCAGAAGGCACAACCGUCACUAGCUGCUCCUGUGGCUCUGCCUGUGGCUCAUGGGACGUCCGUGAGGAUACAAUGUGUCACUGCCAGUGCGGAAGCAUAGACUGGACAGCGGCCCGCUGCUGUACCCUGCGGGUUGGUUCCUGAGGUCGGUUGAUGGAGAACUGAGCUUGCCCUCCGAGUGCUGCUGAGGGAUGAGCUUGCCCACCAUGCCCUGCGGAGGAGGGAUGGGGAUGGGGAGAGCGCAGGGGGCAGGAAACGAGAUGAGGGUCCGGAAAUACACAAUGGGAUGGUGGUGGUGAUAAAGAUGCACGGUGAAGUGGACUCAGGCCUUGCGUGGCUUCUUUACUGGAGAAGGGUGUGUGUUGGAAUUGUCGCACGGCACUG